AAAGCAUUUGUUUUGAUUUUAACGCGCGCGCUCUUUCCGCAGUCUCUCGCUAGCUUCAUCGACACCGAUAUGAAUCCGGGCGAAAAGUACGAACAGGACAUUCCGAAACGGUUGCAAAAUGAUGCCAUAUUUGCAGAGAAAGUGUCGCUUACCCGUCGCUGUGCGGUUGUGUACGUGGUAACGUCGGAUCAGCGCUUGUUCGAGGUGCGGCAGAGAGCGAUUCUGUGUCAGGUUCCGCUGACCGUCAGCCGGAUCGAGCAGGGACGACAGCAUCAGCAUCCGAUCGUAAACAACUCCCGGCUUUUCAACGACACCCCGUACGAGAUGGAAACAUCUCCGGUGUUUGACUGCCACGAAUCACCUCCCAGCACCGUCAACGUUACCCUCUUCCGGGCAAACGAUGGAACGCAGCGGAAGCUGUUUAUUCUCGUCCAGCUCGAUCGUACGCUGGUUGUGGUCGAACGACGCACCACCACCGACGGUUGCGAUGGCAACGGGCAGCUGGUGGUACACUCGCGGUAUGAAGACUUUCGGCAACUUUGCUUCGUCGAAAACGUUCACCGUCCCGGGAGCGGCGCGGUUCGGAUCGAGCUGGAAGACCGGGAUGGUCCGAUUGUGACGGAUUUCCAAGACACACCGAGCCGUUUUGUUGGUCGUGUUGGUGCUCGGGGCCCGUCGCUGGAGGAUAAUUUCACCUGCUUCGAUGAGGUGCUGAAAAUGUUGCGCGACCAAACGACGGAACGGAAGGCACAGCUUGCCACGGCCCAGCUCACCGUCUGCGAAGUGUUCCACGGGAUGAACGAGCGGAUGAAGACGGUACCGCCCCUGCUGCGAUCGUCCAUUGCUGAGGAAAAGGUCCCGCUCGUGCGGUACGGUGAGGUGUGGCAGAAGAUCCACAACGAUCGGUUGCUGAUCGGUGUGCCGGUGUACAACUGUACGUACAGAAGACGGUUAACAUUAAUUAACCUUCGCUUGCUGCUGGUCAACUCAGCCACGAAGCCAGCCUGCUACACGACCCGCUUCUAUCGUCUCCGGGACGAUGAUUACAACUUUAAAUCUUACCACGAAAUCAUGGAUAUGGAAGAUUCGCUAGAAGCUGGCCUAACAUUUCACCAUGAGUGGGUAGCAGAAAAGGAAAACGUUCUAUACUCGGAAGAAUGCGCUGUGUUUGUAGCAACCUGCGACCUAUCCUCGCUAAUGUCGGCUGGCCGUGGCGCACAGUUUAGCUGCUUCGUGACGUAUCGCGUGGAAACGUUCGAAACGGACUGCGACGAACUGCAGCUGCACGUGGGUUCGGUCGAGCUACCCCAGCAGCAACUGUGCAGCACCGACCACUGGGUACAGUUCCGCAGUGCGUCCGACAUUAGCCGCGAUCUGCUGGCCGUAACGUGCACCUCCGAGUGUGUGUCGCUCGCAGUGUGCUACGCCCGCGAGCCCGCCGUUGCAAUGAAGGAGUUCUGUGUCGGCAGAUUAGGUUUUGUUGAGGUGUUAUCUACCGUGCUGCAGCAAAGCGUACUGUACUGUGGUGAUAACACGUACUGGCAGGGUACUCUGAUAAGAUUGGACCGGAUGGAGGAGAAACGAUUGCGCAUGAAACUAUACAGCAGAUAUGCACACCAAAUACUGACGCUGCUGCAAUCGAUAUACGCCGAUUAUGAGGAGACCUGCGCGCUGGAGCUGUGUGCCACCGCACAGAGCGCAACGGAGCAGGAACUGAAGCAGCGCCUGUUGGAUGAACUGCAGUGCAAAAUUGAACAACCGAUUGAGAAAAACGCUUGCAUGCGAAAGGAAUUCUGUACCGAUAUGAUUUAUUGCUCGCUAGACACUAGCCACAGGCCGGAACGGUCGGAGGAAACCGAUGCUCCCGUUUAGUUGAUGUUCACCAGAUCCUUUCCAUCGCCAUUGCCACGAUUGUCGAUGGCGACGUGUACGUUCACCAUCGCCGGAUGACGAUCGAUGAGAACCGGUUCGUCGUCGCUAGCCUCGGGGACGUCGUCCUGUUGGCCCGCCGUAUGGUACGGUUCUGGAUCUUGCACGUGCUCUGCAUCCUUCAGUAUGUCGACGUAGAUGGAAACGGCCGGAUGUUCGUUAUCCGGCACGUAAUGUGCGUUGCUCGAAAUGACACUAUUUUCAUCCGGCACUAGCAGUGUUUUGUUGGGCUCGUCCUCUGGGAUUGGGUUAGCAAGGGAAACCGUAACCAGCAAGGCCAGCAGCACAAAGAGUGUUUUCAUUUUGAGGCUUUGUUAAAUCAGCGGUUCGACACGACACUUCACAAAAAGUCAAUAUUUUUUCUAUUUCAAGACACACAAUCGAUAAAACUGGACAGUCCGUUCGGGAACGCUUUUAUAUGAGCGCUACGAGGCUAUAAAAGGAAGAUGGUUCGCGUUAUCAUUUUAUGGAUGUGGAUGGUCGAUGCUAUUUUUGCGACCGAAAUCAUGUCUACGCGUGAGAUAGGAAGAAUGCAAUUUGUUACGUAUAACGAAAUUGAAAGUUUCCAACCAUCUUAACAUGCCAUUUUAUGUAAUUAAAGUAGAUUAGAUUGAGUUAUUUGAAAUUGUAAAAUAAUCCACGUGUUGCUUUUAACGUGAUUCCGCAUUCAAAUUUGAAUUGCGCAUGACUGUUAUACAGACUCAUGUGGUUAGAUCCAUGAAGCAUGUAGGGUAUGACAGUUGCAUUCGUCAAAUGACGCAUGCGGGGCGAGCGCAACCAGAGUGACCAGAAAUACCGAUUUAUCUGUAUUCCUACCGAUUUUUGAUAUACCUACCGAUUCACAGAUGA